AUGAAAUAUACAGAUAUUGAAAAUGAAAUUAUCGAAGAUGCCUCUGAUGAACAUAGAAAAGAGGUUGAAAUCAAUGGAGGUUACGUUAUUGAUUUAGAACAACAAGUUCAAUACAACAAAACAGAUAAUAAUAAACGACAACAAAUAAAACGUAUUGUGUUAGAUUCAAAGACUACUGUUAAUGUUCACCUACGCGAAGAACGGUUUUCAUCAUCCGUCUCACUUGUCUCUAUAUCACCUGUAAAAAUAAUUGAAAAAGAAGAGAAGAAUAAAAUUCAUCUUCAGUCGUUAAGAGAUACAAUUCAUUUUCCAUCCUCAUAUCUAUGGCUUACAACCAGUCGAAAUACAACUUUUGCUGAUAUUGUUGAAGAAGCAGCACAAGGAAUUAUUAAAAGAAGGAACAGAUCUUGGAAAGAAGUGCGAAGCUGA